AUGCCGGCCAAGUGCAGAAAGACGGAUUCUCCCAAUACAUCUUCUCCUCACGAUAUCCCCAAAGGUCCCGCCGACACGGACGGCUCGGCGGCAGAUCGUGUAUUCCACAUCCUCGAACUUGCACAGCAGAUCGUGUAUGAGUUGGAAUUCAAGAAUCUUUUCAAAGCAUUUCCCAUCACCAAAGACUUCUAUAUCUCCAUAUCUCAGGCUGUUGAGGGUAUCGGCCGAGGUGUUCGGCCCAAAUCAAAACUAAUCAACACGAGAGAUGUUUUUGAUCUUGAAGAAUACGCCUACAUUACAUUGAAUUGCCCAGGCGAUAUGGUACCGCCAUUCGUGCUCCUAGUUUCCAGACGUCCAGUUCUACCGAUCAAGGGCGACCUGUACACCCUCGACGGGGACGUUAUGAAGUUGUUGAAGACAAGGGCUACACUAACAUGCGGCCGAGUGUGCGACGGCCAUUCUGUUUUGGCUCCAGGGCCCGACUAUUCUUUCAUUGUGUGGAAGCUAAAGGAUUGGACGUCGACGGCCCGAUUCGACAUGAAUCUUCAUUUGAAUGGGAUCAUGAUCCAGAGAAAGUGUUUUUUUUAUGACAAACACUUCAUUAGCAUAUACAACCUCCCUAUGGAAGAGUGA